AUGCCGGCUACCGCCCUCGCCUUCCUGAAAAUACGCACUGGGCCACUGGACAGAGGAAGACUGACCACCAUGUCUGCCUUGGUGGUCACCCUGCUGAUUUGGGAUAUUGACACAACGCCAAGCCUAUGGGUGGAGGUCGAGUCACUGCUGGACCCCUGGGCCAAUGUGACACUAACGUGCCGGGCCUAUGAAGGCAGCCUGGGCUUCCAGCUGUUCAAGGACGGAGUAGCACUCGAGCCCGUGAACCUACUUGCUUUGGAACACCGGUUUGUUCUGGGAGCAGUGACCAGUGAAACCCGUGGAAUCUACCGCUGCCGGACAGGCAUAGAUAACAGGUGGACACAGUUGAGCAACCUGGUGGAGGUGUCUGGCACAGAGUCCCUGGCCCCACCCUCCCUCUCAGCUAAACCAGUGUCCUGGAUCACACCCGGUCUGAGCACAACUUUGGUGUGCCGUGGGGUGCUGCGUGGUGUAACCUUCCUCCUGAGACGGGAAGGCGAUGAUGAGUUUCUGGAGGUGUCUGAGGCCCCGAAGGACGUGGAGGCCACUUUUUUGGUCCAUCAAGCUGGCAACUAUAGCUGCAGCUACAGGUUGCACGAUACCGGCAAGCCCUCCGAGUCCAGCACCGCUGUGAGUGUUGAAGAGCUCGAGGCCCCGCCCCCACCUGCUCUGAGCGUCAAGGAAAGGGCAGCGGCUGUCCAGCUCCCCGGGGACCACAGCGUCUGCUUCUGCGUGGCGCCCGUGAUCCCUGUAGAAUUCCAGCUGCGGCGGGGAGAGGUGGAGCUGCGGGUAGACAUGUACUCCAGCAAUCCGGGUACAAUCAACUUCAAUAUGGGCAGUCUGACCCCAACAGACAGCGGCCUCUACACCUGCCGCUAUCGGAUGCAGGACGAACACAGAACCUGGUCCAAAGAUAGCGUUCCUGUGGAGUUACUGCUGAGUGACGGGACGCUGCCGGCGCCGAAGCUGCAGGCCGAGCCGAGCGCCAAUCCCACGCGCGGGGCGCUUGUGCGGCUGCGGUGCCAGGCGCCCCGAUCCGGCCUGCGCUUCGCCCUGGAGCGCAGUGACGCUCAAGGACACCGGGUACAAGACCUUCUAAGCCCCGAGGGCUCCGUGGCCGUCUUCGAGCUGCGCGACGUGUCUGUUCUGGAUUCCGGCAACUACAGCUGCGUCUACGUGGACCCCGCGCCGCCCUUUGCGGGCUCGGCGCGCAGCGCGCCUCUGGAACUGUCGGUGGACGGUCCCCCUCCCAAGCCUCAGCUCCAGCCCUUGUGGCAGGGGGCAGUGACCUCAGGCCAGGACGCUGUCCUACGCUGCAAGGGUCCUCUGUCCGACUUCAGUUUUGAGCUGGUGCGGGAUGGUGAGGUGGUGGUAUCCAGCUAUGGACAGGACCUUGUGCUGAUCAAUGUGAGUCCCCAACAUGCUGGUAACUACAGCUGCCGCUACCACACCUGGAGGCCCAAGUCCUUGCUGUCAGAACUUAGCGACCCCGUGGAGCUCCGGGUGACAGGUAAAAUUCCCUUGGUCCUGGGGGCUGGGGGGCAUCCAGGGGCACAGUGA